CGCGCGCUGGUCACGCGGCCCAGUGCUGACACUUCCGGGUGGGACCAAAGUGAGGCGGUGGUGCAGGGGCUGGAAGCUCCGGGGGCUACUAUGGCGUACAACGGCCUCACGGUGCCUCUCAUAGUGAUGAGUGUGUUCUGGGGCAUCGUCGGCUUCCUGGUGCCCUGGUUCAUCCCUAAGGGUCCCAACCGUGGAGUUAUCAUAACCAUGUUGGUGACCUGUUCAGUUUGCUGCUAUCUCUUUUGGUUGAUUGCGAUUCUGGCUCAACUCAACCCUCUCUUUGGACCACAGUUGAAAAAUGAAACCAUCUGGUAUCUCAAGCAUCACUGGCCUUGAGGAAGAGGACCCGCUCCGGCGCUCAGUCAUUGAGGUCACGAAGAGAACUCUAAAUGCAGAAUCAGCUCCAAACCCACCCACCUUCCUCGACUCACCUGUUUUCGGCCAUCAGCUGCCUUAAACGUCCACACCACAUUUGAAUAUCUCAUUCUACAGUGCAGUCUUUUUUUCCUCUCACCUUUUCUACACUUUGAUGAAAUACGUGCCUCCUUAAUCUACACUGUGCUGAUGCCAUAAAAUGUUUAUGCGCUCUUCUAAGGUGGAAGGUGCUACUCUUCUAAGAAACGUCACUCUGUCCUUGGAACCUGUGGAUUUGAAGAUGGCUCCUGCCUUCUCAACAUGGGGAUCAGCGAAGUGUGUCAAAGCUGUCACAAGACACUGCGAGUCCAGUGCAGCAGCCAGUAGGAGAACAAGUUCAAGGGAAGAUCUGUCCCAACAGAAUUACACCAAAGUAUAUUUUCGGGAUGAAUUUCUUAUUUCUGCCAUCUUUUGGAAUAAAUUAUUUUUCUGCUUUCUAUGGAAA